AACUCGUUAUAACUAAUUAAUGGAGCUGGAUCAGGAAGAUGAUCAGGGUGGACUACGCGUGGAUGGUAGACGAGCGUUAGAACUGAGACAAAUCCGUAUGCGGAUGGGAGUCUUCGGACAGGCUGAUGGUAGUGCGUACAUAGAGCAUGGUAAUACAAAAGUUUUGGCCACGGUAUAUGGUCCCCGUCAGCCAAGAAGCAGUACAUCGAGGAGCAGUACAAAAGCUAUCAUAAACUGUCAAUAUAGCAUGGCUGUAUUUAGCUUUACCUCCGGUGAGCGAAAGCGAAGACCAAGGGGAGACUGGAAGUCACAAGAAAGAUCAGCACAGUUGCGCCAUGCAAUGGAAGCCAUAAUACAUUUGGAACUAUAUCCACGUUCUCAGAUCGAUGUUUUUGUAGAGGUUCUACAAGUUGAUGGUAGUGAUUAUUGCGCAUCCGUGAAUGCUGCGACGCUUGCAUUAAUUGAUGCUGGAAUUCCAAUUAAGAACUAUGCCAUAGGAUGUACUGUAACUCUCCUCAAUAAAUCGUCGACAGAGGAUGAAGACAAAACGUUAGCAACAGGAGUAUUAGACGCGAAUUUUGUGGAGGAAUGUUCGCCAGGAGUUACUUUGUCUACUGUCGCGUUACCAGGAACGAAUAAUGAAAUUGAAAUAGAUGGAUCUGGUCUGCUUGUAGUAGCACACGGGGCAGGACAGAGAUUACAUUUGUCACGUUUGGAAGCACUCAAGCAACGCGCGUUGCAAGGCUGCCAAGACAUAAAGAAUAUAUUGGAUCGUGGCGUGAGGCAUCAUCUAAUUGCAAAUCUAUUACCUUCUUUUCUGCACAAUUCAUUUGACUAAUAAAAAAAAAAGUAUUCUGUAA